UCACAUGACGAUUAUAAGGAUUAAACCGAGUGAAAGCUAAAGCUAAAGUUACAAUGUUUUUGAUUUAAAUGUCACGUUAAAUAUGUGUGUUUAAGUCUUUCAACAAACGGAGCGCAUCAUCUGCUGACUAGACGAUCUUUGGCGGAAGCGGCGGUGGGUUAAUAAAGUUUGAAGUUUACCGCGUUGCUCGUUGUGGCUUCGGUCCCUGUUUUAUACGGACACCAGCUCGUUAUCAUUUCUUCUUUCCCCCCCCACAAAACCACCAUGAGGCGAACAAGGGCGUCGAGCAAUAAAAGUCAGGGGGCAGACGCAUUAAAUGAAGAAGAAGUUCCGUCCAAAACAGUGUGGCAGUGGCAAGGGGAUGAAGGACAGUGGGAACCGUACUCGCCCUCUGACUGCGCCUUGCUGGACUCCGCCGUCUCUUCGGGAAGAACCUCGGUCACUCUGACGCCGGGAUCUGGGUCGGCCUACGAAGUCGACCUGAAGAAGAUGGUCCAGAUUAAUCCUGUUACAAAAUACAAGAGGAAGAUCUGCUCUCAGACAGUAAAACUUGAGAGUUCGAACGAAGCCGGCGACUCGACUGCGCUCAGUGGGCAGCCGGUUCAAGUGAAGGAGGAAGAGGAGGAAGAGGAGAAGACAGAGGUGCAACCUGCAGCGAAGAAGAGGAGGCAGAAAAGCAAAGCAACGCCCAAAGAAGAAAUAAAAACCGAAGAGGUUGUGAGGACGGUGCUCAUGAAGGGCAAAGCUCCGGUCGACCCUGAAUGCAAAGCCAAACUUGGAAAGGCUCAUGUUUACAGUGAAGGAAAAGAUGUUUACGACGUGAUGUUAAACCAGACAAAUCUCCAGUUUAACAACAACAAGUACUACCUGAUCCAGCUGCUGGAAGACGACAUCUCCAAGGUUUACAGUGUGUGGAUGAGAUGGGGCAGAGUGGGCAAAGUGGGUCAGAGCAGCCUCACAGCGUGCGGUGGAGAUCUGCUGAAAGCCAAAAAUUUCUUCAUGAAGAAGUUCUUGGACAAGACCAAGAACGCGUGGGAACAGCGGGCGAGUUUUGAGAAAGUGGCUGGAAAAUAUGACAUGGUUUUCAUGGACUACAGUGCAAAGGAAAAGGAGGAGUCCACGGUGAGCACUGUACCCACAAAGAAGACCUCCAAGCUGAAUGUGAAGAUCCAGUCUCUCCUCGAGCUCAUCUGUGACCUGAAAGCCAUGGAGGAGUGUGUGCUGGAGAUGAAGUACGACACCCGGAAAGCUCCUCUCGGCAAACUGACUACGGAGCAGAUCCGCGCAGGCUACGCCGCGCUGAAGAAGAUCGAGGCGUGUUUGAAGAAGAAGGGCAGCAGUCGGGAGCUGCUGGAGGCGUGCAACCAGUUCUACACCCGCAUCCCUCACGACUUUGGGUUGAAAACUCCCCCGAUCAUCCACUCAGAGGAGGAGCUGAAGGCAAAAAUUGCCCUGCUGGAGGCGCUGAGUGACAUCCAGAUAGCAGUGAAGAUGGUCCAGUCCAGUGAAGGCAGUGACGAACAUCCUCUGGACAGACAGUACUGCUCGCUCCAGUGCAAACUGCAGCCGCUGGACUCCGGCAGUCACGAGUACAAGGUUGUAGAAAAGUAUCUUCACUCCACUCACGCCCCCACCCAUCAGGACUACACCAUGACCCUGCUCGACGUCUUCUCAGUGGACAGAGACGGGGAGAGUCACAACUUCAUCUCACAGAUACACAACAGGACUCUGCUGUGGCACGGUUCCCGUCUGUCUAACUGGGUCGGCAUCCUCAGUCGGGGGCUCAGAGUGGCCCCACCGGAAGCUCCCGUCACUGGAUACAUGUUUGGCAAAGGGAUCUACUUUGCCGACAUGUCGUCCAAAAGUGCCAACUACUGCUUUGCCAAUCAGCACAAUCACGUCGGGCUGCUGCUGCUGUGUGAGGUUGCACUGGGAGACUGUCACGAGCUGCUAGAUGCCGACUACGAGGCCAAUAAUCUGCCAACUGGAAAACACAGCACCAAGGGCCUGGGACAGACCGGACCGGACCCCCAGAACUCCGUCACACUGGACGGUGUCAAGGUGCCAAUGGGGCCCGGGGUGAAGACCAAGGUGGGUAAAAACAGCGGUUACUCCCUCCUCUACAACGAGUUCAUCGUCUACAACCCGGCCCAGACUCGCAUGAGGUACCUGCUGCGGAUCCGCUUCAACUAUUCCUCGCUGUGGUGAGGCUGAACGACGAGGGAGGUUUGUCUCCACUGAGCAGGGACGAGGCGUCACCUCGUCAAUCUUUGUGUUCGCUUGGAUUCUGUGUAGCUCUUGCUCUUUGAGGAUUGGAAGUUAAAGCUGAACUUUGCUGCUGGAACUUGAUGGACAACAGAAGUGUUUACUCAUGUAGAGCGUCAACAAUAAGUGAAAUUAUCAAUCGGUUGAUCCACAGAAUAUUAAACGACAACUGUUUCGAUAAUUUUCUCAAGAGAAAAAUGGCAAAAAUGAGUUGGAUGCAGCUUCUCAAAUGUGAGACUUUAGCUGUUUUCCUUUUCAUAUCUGAUAUCAAACUGAACAUCUUUUGGGUUUAGAACUGCUUGUCACAUAAAACAAGCUACUUCAACACAUCACCGUAAAUAAAAUAAAUAAUAAGAACACAAACAAAAACUGUUUUCUAAAAGGUGAGGAUGGAUUGAUAUGAUAUGAAGAACAUAUGGAUCAUUGAGGACUACAUUUCUCUAUGUUGCUUUAUAUUGUGAAUGUCGUCGUUAUUAUAUAUUAAAGUGCAUGUUGCACAUGAAAAAAAACAUUUUGGUUGGUGCUUAUGAAUGUAUUUUUGUUUGUUUCAUUAACUCUGGGUCAACAUGAAAUCCCAAAACAACAAAUUAAUUCAGUACAACGUCUUCAACAUCAUUUUUUUAUUCAUGUAAAACUGAGACAGAGACGAGAGUCUGUAAAAACAGAUAAUCAUAAAUCGAUUGAAUUUCUCUUUAGACAGGAAGCUGUUACAUCACAUACGUUACAGUAAUAAUAAAGGAGAUUUUUUCACUAUG